CGAAAAGUUUUGUGUGUGUUCUGGGGCCCGAUUUACGACCGAUUUGUCAAAAAGCGAACUUACCAAUCAAGGACUACUUUGAUCCCCAAAUCAGUUAAUUGGCAGUUACUCUAUAGGAGCUGCCAACUUGCAUAUUACGCUUGUGCGUUUCGUUUUUUUCCACGCUUGUGACCCCGUAGCCCACGCCCACAUUUGUGGCGUGUGCAAUUUAGAAGCCGCCAAGACGACUUACUCGAUAAUGAAGAUGAGCUCGCCCCGGAUCGUGCAGCAGAAACGGACCAGCAAGUCCUCCAAUUCGUCGCGGGUAUCGAUGACCACCUCGACGGCGGAGGAGAACCUCUUGGAGUCGAAGCUCUUCAGCUGGAUGCGUCUCUUCCGCUUCGCUACCCUACUCUGUCGCGCCGAAUAAUGGAGAUAUAUUAUAGUUUCUUAAGAUCCGCACCCGAAUGAUCCUUUCCCAAAAUGUUAGAAAGCAACGCAUAUAACAGAUACUCGUACUAGUUGCCGCUUUUCAGUCAAGUUUUCCUAUAAAUACAUAAAUAAAACACUCGAAUACACUCGAACAGAUGAAACACCAACCAACCUUAUCUUUUCCAGCAAUGUAGCGAUUAAGUAUUAAAAACAAUGAUUAAAAAUAAAAUAUCCAAUCCCAUGAAAUACAAUGUUAAGUUUAAGCUGAAAAAAAAAAACACAAAUAAUAUCAUUUUUAGUUUAAGCUUCUUCCGAGAAAUGAUUAAAUUCAGUUAACUCUUCAACAAUUAAGUCAAUUUUUAGUGUAAAUUCCGUAUGUCGGAGUUUCUCGCGCCUUUCGUACCUUUUGUAUUGUAAUAAGUGAAAUGAGAAAUAUGAGAAAAAAAAAAGAAAAAAUUACAAAUUGCAAACUACAAGCAAAAUAAAUAUUAUACAUAAUACAGUUUUUGCGUUUAUUCGGGUUUAUUAUUAGAGCUUAAGUUUCGAGAACAGCCAACAAAAAAAUACAAAGUAUAUUUUUGUAAUUUAACAACACUGUUUUUGCGUGUCACAAAUGGAAAACAAGAGAAACGUUUAUGCAAGGCUAUUAAAUAGAUAAAAUAUAUUAACUAAAGAUGCAAGCAAAUGCAAUACUAACAAUAAUAAUACAAUGUAUACAUGUAGAGGAAUAUAUUUACACAUCCAACUCGAAUCGGAGUCUAUGCAAAUGCGCUUAACCAACACUGAAAAACACACAUCCAUUCACAAUAGUUAUUCAAGCCCAGCAAUAUGAAAAGUGCAUUUAUCCCAAAGAAGUUGCCAAUCGACUAUAAUUGCUGUUAAAACAAUGAAACACACAAAUGAAAUACAAAAACCACAUACAGAAAGCAAUAGUAUCUUAAAUUCUGUACAAGACAAGAAAACUUGGAAAAUUUCAUAACCUAUAAUGGACAAUUACAAAUAUAAAAACAACUACCAAGACAAAGAUUUAUCAGAAAUUUUCAUAAUUCAAUUUUAAUUAUUAAUUAGUUAGUAAGCCAGAAUGCAAUCCUGCAUCAUGAACAUAACGGUAAUAACAGUAAUGCCAAACCAAUGAGAAAUGUCUACUAGAACCUAGCAAUACAACUACAGCAGAAAAAUGUUGAGAAAAAUGCAAUAAAUCGAUAUCGAUCAAUAAAUAAAGUCUUUAAGCUGUUGAGUGUUCAAUACAAAUAAAAUA